AUGCCAUUUCAAAAAGAGAAUGCACUGAAGCUUGAAACGGAACGCAUGCUGACUUGUAUUGUUGGCGAUAAAAUUCGUUAUGUGUUGCAGACGACAUUUGCGCAAUUUUGUAUCCUCGAAAUUUUAACACUCUCAUUUCGAAUGACAGUACAAUUAUUGCCAGAUAAUUUAAACAAGGAUGAGCUAUCAAAAUUUCUGGAAUUUGACGAGUCUCGGACAUUUUCGCCAACUGAGGAUAAUCGUCGUCUACCAGUAAAUGCUUUACCGUUAAUUAUUACACGACAGAAAUCAAUAAUUGAGGAGACGCAAAUAUCGGGUGAUGUUAUUGGUACCUUAGAUAUGGAUACAUUUGUUAGUAUAACAUUAGCCAUACCACUAUAUACUCUCUUUAUCAUCAUAAUCAGUAUACUGUUUAUCAGAUGGCAAAUUACAUUAACUCUCAAACCUUCUCGUUUAACCUUUUUGAAAAUUACAGUAUAG